CCGCCCCGCCCCCGGCGCGGCCAGGGUCUGGUUGGCGGCGGGUUCGGGUCCGCGCGGGCCGCGAUGGAGCUGCACAUCUUAGAGCACCGGGUGCGGGUGCUGAGCCUCGCCCGCCCAGGUCUCUGGCUCUACACCCACCCGCUCAUCAAGCUGCUCUUCCUGCCCCACCGCAGCCGGUGCAAGUUCUUCAGCCUGACGGAGACCCCCGAGGAUUACACGCUCAUGGUGGACGAGGAGGGCUUCAAAGAGCUGCCCCCGUCCGAGUUCCUGCAAGUGGCUGAGGCCACAUGGCUGGUGCUGAAUGUGUCAUCCCACAGCGGCGCAGCCGUGCAGGCUGCUGGGGUCACCAAGAUCGCCCGCUCAGUCAUUGCGCCAUUGGCCGAGCACCACGUGUCCGUGCUGAUGCUGUCCACUUACCAAACGGACUUCAUCCUGGUGCGGGAGCAGGACCUGUCCAAGGUGAUCCACACACUGGCCCAGGAGUUCGACAUUUACCGAGAGGUGGGCGGGGAGCCUGUGCCUGUUGCCAGGGCUGAUUCCAGCAACGGCUUUCCCCGUGCCCAGCAUGCAGGGCCCAGCCCCACAGUGCAUCCCAUCCAGAGUCCACAGAACCGCUUCUGUGUCCUCACGCUGGACCCUGAGACGCUGCCAGCCAUCGCCACCACCCUCAUCGACGUCCUCUUCUACUCACACAGUGCCCCCAAAGAGGCUGCCUCUGGCAGUCCUGGACCCAGCUCCAUCACGUUCUUUGCCUUCUCCCUCAUCGAGGGCUACAUCUCCAUUGUCAUGGAUGCCGAGACGCAGAAAAAGUUCCCCAGUGACCUCCUGCUGACCAGCUCCUCUGGAGAGCUGUGGAGGAUGGUGCGCAUCGGUGGACAGCCCCUGGGCUUUGACGAAUGUGGGAUUGUGGCCCAGAUCGCGGGUCCCUUAGCUGCGGCUGACAUCUCUGCCUACUACAUCAGCACCUUCAACUUUGACCACGCCCUGGUGCCUGAGGACGGUAUCAGCAGCGUCAUCGAGGUCCUCCAGCGACGGCAGGAGGGACUGGGCUCCUGAGGCCUGAGGAGAACAGCAGCCUCCGUGCUCUCCCCUUGCCCCCAGGCUUCCAGAGACUUCUCUAAGCUAUUUCCUCAAGCUCUGAGAUGAGCCCAACCCCCAACCCCUGUUCCUGCCGGGGGACCUCUCCUUCUGCUCUCUGUAUGUAAGCUGCGUGCCGGCACCAGCUCACGUGGAUGCACGUGUCUGCCCACACAGGGGAACAUGGUGCUCGGGGCUUCCACCAGGAAACCCUCAACCCAUUACUCCCUGAGCGGCCUUGGGGCGUUUGCACAUUCCCUGCCUGAGGCCUGAGCCAUCCUCCCUCUCAGUGCCCUGGGCCAGCUGCUCUCUGGACAGGGCCCUGAUUGCCAUUCUGCCUCUGGCUGGGUUGCCUUCCCUGGCCAGGGGAGUUUUGACAGUGCCUCCCCUCUUGGGGCCUCCAAGAAAAGUAUUUUUACAUCUCUUUCUCUUCUAUUUUUAUUGACUUAUUAAUAAAGGGCUUGUAGUGACCA